AUGGCCCUAUCCCACGGCCUCAGCACCCAUGGCCAGAGACCACCCUACCCCCCCGCGCCAAGCAACGAAGCGGGCGGGACGGGAGCGAGCACCUGGAACAAGUCGUCCUCCGGGUGCGGCGGCGUCGAGGAGGACUGCGCCGUCAGCAGGAGGGACGACAGCUGGGAGGACCCGCACGCCAUCCUGAGGGAGGCCGUCGAGAGUCCUGCAGAAGGGGCGAGCGAAGACUCCGCGCUGCCUGGACGCCGGAGGUAUAUCAACAAAGCCCACGAUGGAGAGCCUCUCCCGCAGCCCAGAAGGACGUUGUCAUGCACACGUCAUGCAGCACGCGUGACAGGCAGUGACAAGAGCUCGUUCUCCCCCCCCCCUUGCACGGUCACGGUCGUGUCAUCGCUGUCACCUUCCUCCUCCUCCUCUCAAGACAUGUUCUCACUUUCCCGUUCUCUCACGUGCCCUCUUAGUCACUAUGGAUUUCUCGAAAUAAAUUCUUGGCCAAUCAAGACGUCCUCAGACCUAAAAACAACAACAACAACAACAACAACAACAGAGCAGGUCAUUAAACCAAGGCGCUGCGGCCUCCCUCGCCCAGCAGCGGAGGCGCGGGUAAAUACAAGCCCAGGUGUUGACGCCAGAGAUAAACAGGCAGCGUCUCCCACGGAAACUUCCCCUGAAGGAUUUGUUUUUUCGAGAAGGUUCCCCAGAAGGCGUCCGGAGGCCAGAGGAGCCGCCGCGUCGGUUUCCUCCCGGCUCCGUCGACCAAGCAGGCGCCGCUUGACAGGCAGGUAUGACAGGUAUGACACCGCUCCUCCCCCACCCCCACUACCCCCACCACCACCCCGGCUUCCUCUGUCCCAUUAUGCUUCCGGGCCAGACGGCGGCGCCUUGCAUUCGCCUCCAUCGCUGACGGAGAGCAAUUCCUGCCCCCCCACCCCCACCCCACCCCCCGGAGGCGAGGGGUCCUCUUUCCUUCCCUCGGGCGCCCCUCGCCUCCGCCCCACGCCCGUCGCCUCCAACAUCGAGCACUGCCUUCCACACACGCACUCGCGAACGGCCACCAGCGUCCGAUCAGGCAGGAACGAGCUGCCGCGGGAACGAGCGAGCGAGAGAGACUACCGCAGUGCGGCUGCGGCGGCGGCGGCGGCGGCGGUGUUCCGCUGGCGAGCAGGGAACCCGCGAACAGUUGCCGGCGGUCGCCAGUCGCGCCCCUCCCCUCUGCGCCGUAGAUUCGCUCAUUACCGCACUCUUAUCGACGGCCGCACCUGA